UUUUGUAGUUCUAACGCUUUAUAAUAACUUCAUUAAUUCGAAAGCAGUCGCAGUAGUCGGACGCAUCUGCAAUUUCCUCAGAGUAUUGUAAUCUGAAGUUGCGUUUAGUUGUGCACUCCGUGUCUGAGCUACAAUGUACAAACUGCUGAGUGUGUGGGCGCUGGUGGUGCUGUCUGUACAGAUAGUCCACUCCUGGGAUCUGGCUGUGGCUGUGCAGAAUCGACUGGAGUUCUAUACAAAAGAGGACAAAAUAAUCGUUGAAAGUGAUCUGUUCAGAGACGCCACGGCUUUAGCUUACGAUGAUGCACAUCAGACAAUAUUAUUUAUAAAAAAACACACUGACAACGCCUCCAUAUGUAGUUUUGAAAUGUCGACUCAGAAACACAAAGUUUUGGUAACAGGGAAAGAUAUCGGAGGUUUCACAAUCGAUCCAAUCAGAGCAGUACUUUACUGGACCGACAUCGCUGAGAGGAGCAUAUUCUGGAUUUCAUUCAAACAGGGAUAUAAGGAGACUGAUAACAAAAAUCUGCUGAUCAAAAUGGAGGAUGAGAUUCCCAGAGCGAUAGCCGUCGAUAUCUGUAAAGGGUAUGUCUACUGGACGAACACAAACUCUACGAAGCCCACAAUAGAGAGAGUUCGAUUUGAUGGUACUGAGAAGGAGGUUCUAGUAGACGAAAGUAUUAACGAUCCGGUUAGCUUGGCCAUCGACCAACAGACGUUGAAAAUGUUCUGGGCUGAUAAUACACGCAACAAAAAAUAUAGAAUAUUCAGUACGGAAUUGGAUGGAAAAAAUAAGACGGAGUUAAUAUGUGGUGAUACUGGAACUGAUUUUAAACCAAAUGCAUUAACCGUUUCAAAAGAUUUCAUUUACCUUAUAGACGAGGGCACACACGCUGUUUGGAAACAUUCAAAAUUUCAAAUAACGGAAUCAUUGAAAAAUAUUUUACAUUUUACUGAGGCGCCCUCCGGCAUUGUUGCCAGGUAUACGCCUGAAGAACAAAUUCAUGGAAAAGAGGAAUGUAAAGAUGUGAUGACUGCAUUACUAAACGACAAAAUUAUUUGUGUUCAUGGUGAGAAGGCUAAUGCCACAUCUUGCACAUGCGCACCUGGCUACAUCGGUGAGAGAUGCGAUGUGUCAGUCUGUCAGAACUAUUGCAACCACGGCACCUGCAGUGUCAGUGAUGAGGGGGAACCCUCUUGCGGAUGUGAGUCUGGUUAUUCUGGAGCGAGGUGCGACAUCAACAUGUGCUUCAAUUACUGUCUGAACAACGGUGUUUGUUACUUUGCUGAAGAGAAUGAACCACUCUGCCAAUGCAGUUUAAAUUACCGUGGUUCCAGAUGUGAAGCUAUCAAAAAUGACACAGUAUGCACUACGUUCAGUUCAGGAGCUAAAAACUUUACUACACCGAUAUCAGCACACAAUAACUUUACCUUAGCCGAUUUGUUAAACCGUCGUCAUAUAGUCACUAAAGUGACUGUUAAUGUCCAAAUAGAAUCUAACUAACGUACUCAUAUUUAUUUGAUUUUCUGCUUUAAAUUAUUGUGCUUUCAAUAUUUCGGUUUUAAAUCACCUAGUCAGUAAGUAUUGUGUAUUAUUUUAGUCACUAACUACCUAGUUCACGCCAGAUAACUUUGAAAUUCUGAAGUUUGUUCCAUUUGAAUCAUCACGUUUUUCAUAAUUUUUUUUUGGUUAUUUUGACGUCAAUAGUAGCUAACUACGGACUACAAACAAAGCUUUUCGUCAAAGGACGCCGUUUUCGCGGCGGUAAGGCCCGUAAUGAAGGAGUGGCUGGACAGAAGCCACGGCGCCCUCAGCUACCGCUUGACGCAGGUUCUUACCGGACAUGACAACCGGUUCUUACCGGACAUGACCACCACUGCACACUGUGGCACCUGCAGCGAAGACUCGGCGCUGCACAUGUUGCUGGAGUGCCCAGCUGGGCAACGUAGCGCCGUGACCUAGUGGUGGUAUCAGAUGCUGCGGGAAAUCUUUCGCUGCCGGCCGUCGUCUCCUGCAUGGUCGACAGCGAAGAAGGGUGAAAUGCCGUUGCCUCCUUUUCCGAGGAUGUGAUGAUCGCAAAGGAGAUAGCGGAAAGGGAUAGAGAAGCUGCUACCUCUCUCCCCGGCCGCAGCAAACGUGGUGGGUGUCGCAGAGUGGCCGCCACCACCAUAGGGCGCGGCCAGCGGGCGACAGACUAGGGCCGUCUGUCGUCCGAACAUAAACAGGUCUCGAGACCUUGGCGUAUAGUCUUGUGCGCAACUCUCCAAUAGAGUUCACUGUGGCCGCUGGGUGACGGCCACAGAGGUUCAGGGCCCGCCUUCAAACAUCUGGCGGGCCAAUGCCCUGUCGGGGAUGCGGAAAAAUGCUCUGGCGAUACCCGUGCCUCCGACAAAAGGUCAAUAAAGGCAAUACCAGGCGGUUUUUAGCCGGUAAGAGUACGGCACACACCUCCACCCACCCCAGGUGGAUGAUAGUCCAUAAGGAUUCUCCCUUGAUAAAAAAAAGCUUUUCGUCAUUACCUGUCCUACACAUAGAUUAGUCAAACGGCUUUCUUCAUAAUUGCAAAGUUUCUUUACGCGAACUGUAAAACCAUUUUAUAAUAAACUGUUACAUGCA